CCUGCCGUUCCAAUAUACAUCUUUCGGCUUUGAGACUGCAAAUUCCCUGACCUAUACCACGAACGUUUGAUCUCCACAUAACAAACCAGCAAUAUGGUGCUGGAAGCUACCAUGAUCGUUGUGGACAACAGCGAGAACAGCCGUAAUGGCGAUUACGUUCCCUCCCGGUGGGAAGCUCAGGCGGAUGCGACAAACCUCAUCUUCUCCGCAAAGACGCAGGCAAACCCCGAAUCAUCGGUCGGACUCAUGAGUAUGGGCGGAAACACUCCCGAGAUUCUCACCACCUUGACGACGGAUAUCGGCAAAAUCCUCGAUGGGCUUCAUCGAACAAAGAUACGCGGAACCUCACACUUCUCCACUGGAAUAAACGUUGCUGCGUUAGCCCUGAAGCAUCGCCAAAAUAAAUCGCAGAAGCAGCGCAUAAUUGUCUUCACCUGCAGCCCGAUUGAAGAAGAUGAGAAAUCACUUAUCAAGCUCGCUAAGCGUAUGAAGAAGACCGGUAUCAGCAUCGACAUCAUUGCUUUCGGAGAGUUAGGAGACGGAACGACAAAGAAGCUUGAGGCCUUCAGCGAGAGUUGUCAAAGUGCCGAGGGAUCUCAUUUGGCAGUCAUACAACCAAGUUCAAAUCUUCUAAGCGACUCCCUCAUCACCACGCCCAUCUUGGGCGGUGAUGGGACCAGCGGUGGUGGAGGUUCCAGCGCCCCUGGUGGCGAUGGUGGUGAGACGGGUGGCACUCAAUUCGAAUUUGGUGUUGAUCCUUCGGUCGAUCCAGAGCUUGCGUUGGCGCUGCGAAUGAGUUACGAAGAAGAGAAGGCUCGGCAGGAGAAGGAGAAGAAGACAACCGAAAGCAAGUCGGAAUUGGAGCAGAUCGCGGAGGGCGAUGAAAAACAACCUCUUCUCGACGACGAGGGUCGACCAAGCGGGAGCGGAAGCAAAGAUAAGGACAAGAAAGGUGAUGAUCAAGACAAGAUGGACACUGCCUGAAGAUCUUGAAGCACGGGGUCUAGGGAACUUGCGCAUCGGCAUGUGGAGUUCAUUACAAGGUUGACGAGCAUGUAUUAUGUUAUAGAUCAAUGAUGGCAGAGCAAAUAGAGCAUAAUGCCUAGCCAUUACAAACAGCUCUAAGCCAUCCAAUCGGUGGCUCUUUUUUCCACGGCAAUCAUCUCGUAAGGGAAGUGAUUAGAGCGUGGAAGGAUCAUACUACACAAUGCCACCAGUAAACACACCAUUGCCAC